AUGGGGAGGAUGGCGACACCGAGAGGUGCCAGGGAGGUGUCUGGGGCAGGACGGAGCGGCCUGGAGCAGCGCAGGUGGGAGCUGCUGGGCCUCACAGGGUCGUUCAAUAGAAGAAAAAGAAAUUCCCUCUACGUAACUGUGACUCUCCUCAUUGUGUCAGUAUUAAUUCUAACGGUGGGCCUAGCUGCUACAACAAGAACCCAAAAUGUGACUGUUGGAGGUUAUUACCCAGGGGUUAUUCUUGGUUUUGGGUCGUUUCUUGGAAUAAUUGGAUCAAACUUGAUAGAAAACAAAAGGCAAAUGCUGGUUGCAUCGAUCGUCUUCAUCAGCUUCGGUGUCAUUGCUGCCUUCUGCUGUGCCAUAGUAGAUGGUGUCUUUGCUGCCAGACACAUAGACUUGAGGCCACUGUACGCGGGGCGAUGUCAGUACUACUCCAAGAGUGCAACCCCACCAGAGGCAAUCUGCCACCCCCAGCGCCGUGCACCCUGCACGCCAAAAAUAAAAACCAACACCUGCUUCUGCUGUGACCUGUACAACUGUGGAAAAGUAGAGAUUUCUGGAGGCUACUAUGAAUACAUUGAUGUCAGCAGCUGCCAGGACAUCAUCCACCUUUACCACCUGCUUUGGUCGGCAACGAUUCUGAACAUAGUGGGGCUAUUCCUUGGGAUCAUUACAGCAGCAAUACUUGGAGGCUUCAAAGACAUGACUCCUUCCCUCCCAACGCUGAACUGUACAGUUGAAAAUGCACAUCCUUCUGUGUCCUACUACUCAAGGCCACAAGUGACAUCUUACAACACCUACUACCACAGCACUCCUCACCUGCCUCCCUACUCUGCCUAUGACUUUCAGCAUUCCAGCGUGUUUCCAGCCUCCACUCCUUCUGGCCUCUCCGAUGACCCCCAGUCAGUGUCACCAUCUCCCAGCUAUAUGUGGUCCUCGAAUGCACCACCACGUUACUCACCACCGUAUUUUCCACCUUUUGAGAAGCCACCACCUUAUACACCAUGAAGAAUGUGGAAAAGAAGAAAAAUGUAUUUGCCAUUGAAACAAUCAUGAACAUUUUGUAUUUAUAUUUUACUGUGGGAGGGAGCAGGAGGAUAGAUACAGACAGUAAUUGCAAAUACAGAUGUUAGGGUGGACUGUUCUUUCUUGUGAGACUUAUUUCAGAGCUUGAGCAGCAGGGUAUGAGGAAGGGAACAUGCUGCUGAUGUUUUGCAG